AUGGAAACCAUCUUUAACACAUCCCCCACCCCGGAAUCGAGGGAACGCUUCCCAUCCUGCAGUUUGGACUUCGUCACAUCAGAGGCAGACCCGUUCCGGAGCCGACCUCCCCCAGCCCAGAGGUUGCUGUCCUCCAGGCGGCCUCCUCCGGGCCCCGGCUUUGGCGCCGUGGAUGGUGAGACUGCUCUGCGUCAAGUCACGCGCAUUCUUCUCAUCUCUUUCCCCUUCUGUCCGUCUCAACUAACUGAUGGUCAGGCCUUGCUCUCGAUUACAGAGCCAGGGCCAUCUUCUCAAACUGCUUUAAAAGUGAAGCGAGCUGGUUCCAAGCAGAGUUCCGUGGUGCUCUCGUCACACACGCGUGUGCGCCUCGUCGGGAAUCCCACCCGGCUUCCGGAGCUCUUGUCCGUGAGCCUCCACGGCAUCCCGUGUCACUCCAAACAGCCCCCGUUCUGA